CGACAGUAAGAGAGCAACACUGGCGGGCACAUUGCGAUGGCGCCCUCGAUCGUCCACCUGCCCAAUGGCCAGACCCUCGCCGUGUCUCCAGUCUUUGGCGGACUCUAUUUCAAGUCGAAUGACCUCCAUACUGUGCACAACGUCUUCCCUCCAGGCUGGACCAUCAUUCUCAAUUGCGCCCAUGCCGAUGCCGAUGCCGACGACGACGACGACGACGACCUGCCUCUGGAAGCAGCCACCCUCCGCCCCGACCCAACUUCACGGCCCGAAGCUCCCAUACACAAGAGACCGAACAUCCAUCGUUUCAGACGGCCGAGCUUGAGGAAUGACCAUCUGUUCAUCUCUUCCAUCUCAAAUCCCUCCUCCAAUGACUUCAAACCUCCCACCUCCCCCACCAGGCAGAUCGCCAUGAUGCUCUGGGCCACCCUGUAUUGGUACUUUCACCAGCAAGAGCCAGCGCAGCAGCUCACAACCGCAUCAUCCAACAAAACGCCCGAUGAUGGCAAGCCAAAGGGCGACUGGAGGAUUAAUAUCAACCGGGAAGGCAUAUUCACGGGCAAACAUCUCCUGCCCAAGCUCGAGAGAAUGGGUCUCAUUGCCUCGGAAGACUCUUCUGUCGGCCUAGACCCGGAAAAUGGUGUAGGGAACACGAGUGAAGGCUGGACGAAAAUGUUCGUUUCACGCCGCUCCUUCUGGCAGAUGGAUCCCAGGAUAUACCUCUUCACUCUUACUCCACUCCAGACAAAUUCUCCAUUCCCCUCCGUAAGUCCGGCAGGCUCACGCCCAGCAUCUCCCAACAGGAACAGUCGCAUACAUGUCGACGAUGGAGGUCCGACGAGUAUGGCACUUGCGGCUGCAUCACAGUCUAGCCUCAUAAAUCGUUCAAGCACACCACCCGGACCAUUCCACUCUUCGUCACAUCUACCCACCUACUAUCCCCCUCCACCGGUGCAGUACACCAUGACGAAACACGUUCGACAUCCUCUCCGACCAAAGCCGCCGCGACAAGGGGAAACAUUCUACAUACGAUACAUUCCCAGCUUGGGGCAGUAUCUGACCUUCAGAGUGGCAUCGUUGAGCAAGAAGCCAAUUACCUAUAUCGGACCUUUCUCCUCGCAGGCUGGUGACAGCCCCUUCAUCUCCGGCCGGGACAUUCUCCGACACCACAACUCAGAUUCUGAUGCUUCUGUACCAAUGAUGGGGAGCGUAUCUGCACAUGCUGCUGAGUCGCAUCGUGGUGGUGACCUGGAGACUAGUCGCAUGACUGAUGUUGAGCUACUACAUAAGUGGCACAACGACCCGCGUGUCGCAGCCAGUUGGGGUGAAGAUGGACCACAAUCGCACCAAGAACAAUUUCUGAAAAAUGGGCUUACGUCCCGGAACUCCAUACCAGUUAUCGGAUGCUUCGAUGGCAAGCCUUUCGGCUUCUUCGAAAUCUACUGGGCUAAGGAGGACCGUGUGGCUAGAUAUAUCGGCAGCGAAGUCGGAGACUUCGACCGUGGCCUGCACGUGCUCGUUGGCGAGCAAGACUUUAGAGGUCCUCACCGCUUCAAGGUUUGGAUGUCCGCGCUCGUCCACUUCUGUUGGCUUGCAGACUCAAGGACAAAUGUUGUCAUAAUGGAGCCAAGAGUAGACAACGACAAAAUCAAACGGUACUGCGAGGAUGUUGGUUUCUACAAGGAAAGAGAGUUCGCACUUCCUCACAAGCAGAGUAACCUCAUGAAGAUUCGACGAGAGGCCUGGGAGGCUCCUAGCAUAUAAUCCGAAGGAAAUGCAGACGAAACGAAGAUACGGUCGAUUGGGGAUGGAUAUACCCGAUGCUUAGAACCAGUUCCAAAAAACGGACCUGACAGACUCAAAUUACAGAUAUACUGAAGCAAUAUACCACUCUUCCAUCUUGAG